AGGAGAGAGAGCAGAGGAGAUGGGCGUCAAACUUAUCCAGGAACCGGACCGACGGUGAUAAUUACAGGUGGCGUCAUGAGGGGCCCGAGCGUUAUUGCACGUCACUCGUAAUCCUCCACGACCCCCUUCACCUCUCUAUAAAUACCACCCGCUGGGCUGUAAGUCCAAACCAACAUCUGUCCUCUUCUAGUCUGACACCGCCCUUUCUUGUCUUUGCUCUUCAUUUUCUUCAUUGAUCAGCCAUGGCGCUUCGCCUGCUUCUUGUGCUGGGUGCGAUGUUUCUGAUGCUGUCCCUUCCAAUGGUCUCAUCUGAUGUGGACGUUGAACAACAUCUGGACGAAGAAGAACUCCUCCAUCCUCUCCCAACGGUGAAGGAGGGGAACAGAAAGCUGAUGCAGAACAUAGAUUGUGGAGGGCUGUGUGCGGGAAGAUGCAGCUUGCAUUCGAGGCCGAACCUGUGCAAGAGGGCGUGCGGGACUUGCUGUGUGAGAUGCAAGUGCGUGCCGCCAGGGACGUCGGGAAACAGGGAGCUCUGUGGAACUUGUUAUACUGAUAUGACCACCCACGGCAACAGGACCAAGUGUCCUUGAUCUUUCACUACCCUUGCUCUGUUUUCUUGCUCUUCACUCUCCUCUGCCUCUUUCUAGGAGUCAACUCAAGUGUGUACAUUUGUCACUUGUUUCGUCUUUAUGCCCUCUUUACUCUCCUGGUCUACUUCCUGUUUUUCUUAGUUUUCACUUCAUCUGUGUUUGUUUUGGUAUUAAAAUAUAUAUAUAUAUAUGUAGAAUGGUUGGCGAAGAAAGUAGUUAAUUAUGUUCUUAAAAUCCGA